UCCCUUCAUUCUUAACCACUGAUAUGUGAUUGAAGUGAAGAUAUUUCUGUCAAAAUUUUUCUAAGCUAGUAUUAAUGUGGAAAACACAGCUUGCAUGCCCUCAAGUAUACCUUGGAAUAUUAGCACAAGAGUCUAAGGAUUUGUAGUGAAGUGAGGAAACAAGAUCCAGAACAAUUUUUGUUAGGAUCAACAUGGCCAUUAUUCCAUGUUGUUGAGGUGUUUUGUUUCUACCUUCUGUUCCAUGUUGACAGUACCAGAAGAUAAGCUUUGUGCACUCAAUGAUUGAUAAUGGGGGAAGGUUUCACUGUCUUCCAUCUUAGAAGUUACAAUUUAGGAGUACAGUAUCUCCAUGGAUUCAAACACUUCAAGCUUUGUUCUGAAUUCUUCAACUUUUCACCCAGAUUUCUACCAAGGCAAAGAUGAUAAUGAUGAGGAUGGCAUGAUUGACCUGGGACUUAGCCUCAGAACUGUCCAGCCUGAAGCUUAUCAUUCUUCUAGCAACUUUUUAAGCUUGUGGAGAUAUGAUGACCUCAUGGAUUGGCCUGAGUCUAAUAAUCUCAACCUCAAGAGCUCAAGCACAAUGCAUUCAAAAUCCGUCCCAGAGAACUUUGAUGAGGAAAUAGAAGGUGUUCAGAGCAAUGAUAGGUGGGCUUAUGUGAAAGUUAUCAUGGAUGGUGUUACAGUAGGCAGAAAAAUUUGUGUUCUUGAUCAUGAAGGAUAUCCAAGUCUUGCAAACCAGUUAGAAAACAUGUUUGGAAGCAAAUCUGUUUCUGGUUUGAAACUGUUCCAAUCUGAGUCAGAGUAUUUACUGUUCUACAAAGACAGAGAAGAUCAUUGGAGAACAGUAGGUGAUGUCCCAUGGAAAGAGUUUGUAGAAAGCGUGAAGAGGUUGAGGAUUGCAAGAAAGAAUACAACCUAAAUUUUCUGUGUGUUUCCUGAUGUUUCUUCAUUGUGUAUUUGAGUUAUCAAUGUCUUGAAUACAGACAUUUUGAAUGUUACUUAGAUAUUCAAAGUUUUAUUACUAUUAAUACAAAAAUAACAGCGUGCCAAAAUGUUCUACA